AUGGCGGCCGCGAGUGACAAGGCUCGGUUCUAUCUUGAGCAGUCGAUUCCAGAGCUCAAGGAGUUUGAAAAAAAGAAAAUUUUCUCCAAGGAUGAAAUCGCCUCGAUCACGAAAAGACGCUCUGAAUUUGAGCAUAGAGUAAACGCACGCGGGCCUUCGCCUGCGGACUUUGCCCGGUAUGCCGAGUAUGAAAUGAACCUGGAUACUUUACGGCGGAAACGCAUAAAACGACUUGGAAUUAAAGCACCCGCCCACUCGGGCCAGAGAAGAAUCUUUUUUAUCCUUGACCGGGCCACACGAAAGUUCCAUGGUGACCUUAGCCUUUGGAUGCAGUACAUCGCGUACACUCGAAAGCAACGGGCGCAUAAGAAGUUGUCGCAGAUCUUUACCAGCGCUUUGCGCCUUCACCCAAAAGAAGUUGAGUUGUGGAUACUCGCUGCGCGCUGCGCACUCGAAGAUCAUGCUGAAAUGACACUGGCGAGAGGCUACAUGCAGCGUGGGCUACGAUUUUGCAAAAACUCGAGAGCCCUAUGGUUACAGUACGCAAAGCUCGAGAUGAUCUACAUAGCCCGAAUAGCUGCCCGACAAAAAAUCCUCGGCCUUGACAAGGAAGCAGAGGGCAACAAAAGCAAUUCUUCUAAUGCUGCCAUGGAAAUGGAUACGCCCCAACUAACUUGCGAAGACAUUAACCCCACGCUGGAGAAAGACGAAGUUGAUAAAACCGCUCUCGAAGCCUUAAAUUCCACUCCCGCCUUGUCUGGGGCCAUACCAAUUGCUAUCUUUGAUACUGCGAUGAAACAAUUCAAUGAUGAUGAUCACCUCGGACUCGACUUUUACAAAAUAUUUGCCGAAUUUCAAGAUACACCCUGCCUAAAAAGAGUGUUAACUCACGUUGUCGAGCAUCUGAUGGAGGCGCAUGCUACAAGCCCCCACUCUCAAAUAUGCUAUAUUAGGCUCCCUGUCGAAGGGAUAAAACUAACAACCCCGCAAUAUCCCCAGCAGCUCGCCAUAUCACUAAGCCGGCUCAGAGAGUAUUCCUCGACCAUAUUCUCACGGGACUUGGCGGAGGAACUUAUUACUUGGCUCACUCCGCUUCUUUCGAUUGAUGAUCUUGACCCGGCACUGCGCCAAGUUAUAGAAGCCAUUCUUGGCCGUGCGGUGCGAACGAUGGGUCUUACCACAUCGCAAGUACAAGGUACUUGA